CCCCAUCUUACUCCAUUUCCUUACUCAUUCUCGUUCAUGCUCAAGUCACUCCCGGCAUGCUCUGACUCUGCAGACUGAUCUAACAUAGCAUGGGGCUUGAUCGCAGAAAAGCCGCCGUGUUCGGUGGUGCCUUUGCUCUGCGACUUCUGCUUCUGGUGCUGUUCCCUUCGCUCCCCGAUUUACUGACGGGCCGAGUUGAGGUCUCCACGCCAGUAACCAGUUUCAAACGACUACAAGAGGGUCUUUUUCUCUACACUCGAAAUGUCUCUCCUUAUGACGGAGGCGUCUUUCACCAGGCGCCCCUCCUCCUCCCCAUUUUCUCGCUACUUCCGACCUCGCAAGCCUUCCUUUUUCCGACGGUUGUGCUAUACUCCUUGAUCGAUCUUCUGAACGCGAACGCAUUGGUCAGAAUCUCGGAGUCAGGGUGGGCAGUUUCGGGGCGAUCCUAUUCUGCGACACGGAAGCAUAUAAGAUGGGAUGGGGUGACAGUUGCAGCAUGGUACUUGUUCAACCCCUUCACCAUCGCAACAUGUUUGGGCCGAUCCACAGCCGUUUUCACGUCGACCGGAAUUCUAUACGCGAUCUCAAGUGCCGUCACGGGAAAGGCUUUCAAUUCAAUGCUCGCACUGGGCUUUGCAUCAUACUUAUCGAUCUACCCCGCGUUGCUUUUCAUCCCGCUCAUGCUCCUGUGCUAUGACCAGCGUGCUCAGACAGCCAAAUCGUGCCCCAGCACAGCCGUCUUCGCUCUCCAGCACCUCGCAAUCUUCCUCCUGAGCAUUGUCGGCCUGCUUGGGGUAUCGAGCCUCUUGAUCGGAGACUUCAAGGCAUUUAUGUCUGCCACAUAUGGAUUCCAAUUGCUUGUCCCCGAUCUUACACCCAACGUUGGUCUCUGGUGGUAUUUCUUCAUCGAGAUCUUCGACUCCUUCCGCGAGUUCUUCCUCGGUGUCUUCUGGCUACAUUUGGCUUCAUAUAUGGGCGGCCUGACGAUUCGGCUGCGAAGACAACCGCUGUUCGUGCUUAGCUCCUUGCUGGGAAUUUUCGCCGUCUUCAAGCCCUAUCCCAGCAUAUCUGACGCCUCGCUAUACUUUGCACUUCUCCCGCUUUACCGACAUCUCUUCCCUCUCAUGCGAUACACCUUCUUCGCCGUUUCGGCGCUGCUUUACGCCACGCUCCUGGGACCAGCCUUCUAUCACCUCUGGAUCUACGCCGGCUCGGGCAAUGCCAACUUCUUCUACGCCAUCACCCUCGUAUGGAGCUUGGGUCUUUCCAUCCUGCUGGCGGAUACCAUCUUCGCGGCACUCCGCGACGAAUGGGAGCACGACAACCCGGGAGUAAGGGGUAAGGACGUCAAGCAAGUGUAAAAUAUACCAAGUCUGUAUUAUAUACAAU